AUGUCCUGGUCUACUAUUGGGACCUAUGCGGUGCUGGCUUUUACAGCAGCGGUCGCGCUCAAUCUUGUCUACCAACUGGCCUUUCGCCUCCUGAAUACGACUAGGCCACCAUUGGUCUUCCACUGGAUCCCCUUUCUGGGAAGCACAAUCUGCUAUGGAAUCGACCCGUACAAGUUUUUCUUCUCUUGUCGCCAGAAGCACGGCGACAUCUUCACCUUUGUGCUUCUAGGACGUCGUACCACCGUCUACCUAGGCGUAAAGGGCAACGAGUUCAUUCUCAAUGGGAAGCUGAAAGACGUGAAUGCAGAGGAGGUGUACAGUCCCUUGACCACUCCGGUGUUCGGACCGGAUGUGGUCUACGACUGUCCAAAUUCCAAGCUCAUAGAGCAGAAGAAGUUCAUCAAGUAUGGUCUCACCCAAGCGGCGCUAGAAUCCCAUGUGCCGUUGAUCGAGAAGGAGGUCAGAGACUACCUCGACGCCUCAGCGAAUUUCCUCGGGGCCUCGGGGGAGGUGGACAUUGCAGCCGCCAUGGCAGAGAUCACUAUAUUCACCGCGGGGAGUGCUCUCCAGGGAGAAGAGGUGCGGUCCAAACUCACAACUGAGUUUGCCGCUCUCUACCACGAUCUGGACAAGGGAUUUACCCCGAUUAAUUUCAUGUUCCCCUGGGCCCCCUUGCCCCAUAACAAGAAGCGCGACGCCGCCCAUGCCCGCAUGCAUGCCAUUUACAUCGACAUCAUUGACAAGCGGCGACUCGCAGGGACCACCAGCGACGCUCCACAGGUGCUGGAUAUGAUUGGGAAUCUGAUGCAGUGCACUUACAAGAACGGCCAGAAGUUGCCAGACAAGGAGAUUGCGAAUAUCAUGAUCACUCUGCUGAUGGCCGGCCAGCAUUCUUCAGCCUCAAUCAGCACUUGGAUAAUGUUGCGCUUAGCCUCCGAGCCCACAGUCGUCGAGAAGCUCUACCAAGAGCAGCUAUCCAACCUGCCACAAACUGGUCCCAAUGGCAGUCUGGCUCCCCUCCAAUACAAAGACCUUGACCGCCUCCCGUUACACCAGAAUGUGAUCAAGGAGACCCUCCGUCUCCACACAUCUAUCCAUUCCCUCCUACGCAAGGUUAAGAACCCACUGCCGGUCCCCGGUACACCCUAUGUGAUCCCGCGCUCAGAUAUCGUGCUCUCCGCGCCAGGCGUCACGGCCCUAAGCGAUGAAUAUUUCCCCAACGCUAUGGUAUGGGAUCCCCAUCGGUGGGAAACCCAGGAGCCUAAAUUAGAAGAGAAAGAAGACAUGGUCGAUUAUGGGUACGGCACUAUUUCAAAAGGCACCUCCAGUCCAUAUCUCCCCUUCGGAGCUGGGCGCCACCGCUGUAUCGGGGAGAAGUUUGCAUAUCUCAACCUCACGGUGAUUGUGGCAACCAUGGUGCGCCACAUGCAAUUUUCCAACAUAGAGGGAAAGACGGGCGUGCCUAGUACGGACUAUUCGUCCCUAUUUUCGGGCCCUAUAAAACCCGCGCGGAUCCGUUGGAGGCGACGGAAUGCAAAGUCAGAUUAG